AUGGCGCCGAAACGGGGUGUCGUGCCAACAAGGGGAACAUCGUCACGCGGCCGCGGUGGGCGCAGGAGCACAGGCGGUCGGUCGAGCCUAGGGAACAACCAACGCGACCCUCUCCCGACCCCACGCAAAAAACACCGAUAUCGUCCGGGCACGCGCGCUCUAAAAGAAAUCCGCGCAUAUCAGAAAUCAACCGACCUGCUACUACGCAAACUGCCCUUCGCGCGGUUGGUGCGCGAAGUUGCGCUGUCCAUGGUACCCAGCGGCGAAGUGAUGCGGUGGCAGAGUCAAGCGAUCCAGGCGUUGCAGGAGGCGGCGGAAGCGUUUCUGGUGCAUUUGUUUGAGGAUACGAAUCUGUGUGCAAUACAUGCGAAGCGGGUGACAAUUAUGCAGAAAGAUAUCCAGUUGGCGAGGAGAAUCCGGGGCAGUUGGGGGGGCUCGGGAUAG